AUGGAUGAAAAGAAUAAUCCAGAGGAUGAAAAAAAAAGAAAUUAUGAUAAAGAUAAAAAAAAUGAAGAAAUAAAUGAAAAGUACAAUGAAAACUUAGAUAUAAAUAUCAUAAAUUCAUAUAACAAUGAAACACAUAUCAUAGAGAAGGAAGAAAAUGAUAAUAAACAUGAAAAUAUAAUAAAAUAUUAUAAUAUAAGGAACGUACCACGUGAGCAAAAUAAUUAUUAUAUUGAUAAAACGAUAAAACUUAAUAAUAAAUGUAAUGAUAUAAUAACCAAUAAUGUUGAUGUGUCUGAAUUUUUUUAUAAAAAUGAAACAUCAAAUGUUAAUUUGAAUGAAUUAUGCUUCUCAACAAAUACAAAAAAGAAUGAUAAUAUAAAUAAUAAUGAUUGUUGUUAUAAUUAUACAACCGGUAAUAAUAACAGCUCGUCAGUAGAUACGAAUAAUAAAAAUUAUUGUAAACAAAAUUGUAAUAUAUUAUUAAAUAUUUCUAAAGAUAAUAUAAAUGAAAAAUAUGAUAUGAAUAAGAACCAGUAUAUAUCCCUUGUUAAACAAGAGAAACAGGAAAACAAAAAUAAUUAUGAGAAUACACAAAAUGAUUUUGAAUUUUUAUACAACAUGGAUAAUAUAAAAUUAACAGGAACUUCUGUUAUAUUAACAAAUGAAAAUUCAAAGUAUAUUUAUAAGUUAAUUCCUUUUUUUAAAAAUGGAGAAGCACAGUUUUAUGUUAGGGUUAAUGAGGCAUACAAUGAUAUAUAUAAAAAGGGUGAAAUAAAAACACUUUUAGGGGAUGUUGAAAUGGAUGAAAAUAAAAAUAAAAAUAAUGAUGAUAAUAAUAAAAAUAAUGAUAAUAAUAAUAAAUAUAAUAAUCAUAAUAAUAAAUAUAAUAAUCAUAAUAAUAAUCAUAAUAAUCAAUAUAGUAAUUGUAAUUAUUCCAAUUUGUAUGAAUAUACAGAUAUACUUUUUAGAAUGGAUAAUAUAUAUAACCUUUUUCUUGAAACACAAAAAAAAUGUAUAGAAGAUAACAACGGGAAAGAUAUAUGUUUCUCCAUAUUAAAUAAGAAAAGUAAUAUACCCAUAGUACAUAAUAAAGUUAACAAUCCAUCCAAUGUUGAUUUAAAUGUAUGUAAUACAUAUGAACAUGUUAAAGAAUUAACAUUUGAAAAAAAUUAUUAUCAUACAAUUUUGUGUGAACCUGAAAAAAAAUUAUAUAUAUCAGAAAAAAAACACAUAAAUAUUAUUCAUAAUAUGUUAAAUGCAAAUAAUUAUAUUUAUGAUAUAAAAACAAACGAUUGUAAAAACUGUAAUGAAUUUUCAUCAUGUAAUAAUAAAACAAUGACUACAUUUAAAAGUUGUCCAUGUCGAAUUUAUGAAAAGUUCAUAUUAUCUCUUCUUCUUAAAUAUAAAUUAAUUCCUCAAUGUUUUGAUUUGGUUAAAGUAAUUAAAUGUACACAAAAUGAAAAACAUAAAAUAAAUGUAAAUGAAGAUGUAAAUAUUAAAAAAUGUACAAAUAUAGAACCAAUGAACCAAAUAACAAAUAAUACAAAUUGUCAACAUGAAAAAGAAUUUAUGAAACUUGAAAAAAAUAGUCGAACAAAAAAUUAUACUUAUGAAGAUAUUCAUUCUUUGAACAAAAAUUAUAAUGAUAAAAAUAAAUGCAUAUCAAAUAAGGAUCAGGAAAUAUGGAAAGUGUACAAUGAUAAAUGUAAAAAUAAUCAUGAUGUAUAUAUUCAUUCCUCUCUUAAGUUAGAAAAAGUUUGCCAUAAUAUUAAAGCUUAUAAUCAACAAAUAAUAGAUUUAAAACUUGGUUAUAAUACAAUCAUUGAUAAUGAUCUCUCAUUUAAUAAAGAUUUGUUAAAGGAUAGUCAUUCUGUAAAUUCGAAUUUAAAAGAAUAUUAUGUAGAUAAAUGGUCCAAAAUGAAAAAAGAAAUAAGAAAGAAAUUUACAACGACCAAUAUGAGUGAUCAACAUAUUAUAGAUUUAUGUUCAAAAGAUUUAAAUUUACCAACAUGUUUCCAUAAAUAUAAUAAUAAGGAUAUUUAUGCCUUAUUAAAAUCAUGGAGGCAAUAUGUUACAGCUUUAAAAUCAACACAAAGAUAUUUAGGAUUUAGAAUAUGUACAUUAAUACAACAUAUAAAUUAUUCAGACCUAUUAAAUGAUGAUCAAGUAAAAAUACAGUAUUCAAAAUUUGUACAGGAUAAUUGUCUAUUCGCAAAAAAUAAUAUAGGAAAUACUCAAACCAAUACAUUGAAAAAAUAUUCAGAAUUAAACAAAAUAGAAAUAAAAGAUUGUUAUGAUCAUGUAACCAAAAAAUUAAAAAUUAAUAGACACCUUGGUUUGACUUUACGUGAAGAUCAAGUUAUAUAUCUAUUAUCAAUUUUUUUUAAAAAAAUCGUACACUUAAUUUUACCACAAUUAUUAAAUUUAAAAAUAUGGUUAGAACAACAAUGUUCAUAUUCUUUUUGUUCAACGUCAUUAUUAAUAAUAUAUGAUAAAAACAAACCAUCAUCGUGUGAUAUUAAAUGGAUUGAUUUUACUUAUUCUUUACAACAGGACUCCAAUUUGAAGCACUACCCUUUAAAUAAUACAAAACUUAAUAUGGACAUUGUUUCUGGAUUAAAUAAUUUAAUUAAAUUGUGUAGAACGAUAUUUUUUACUAAUAUUAUACCACCACUUGUUAAAAAUGAUACCAAAAGGAAAAAGGAAGAAUGA